CACUGGCGAGUUAAAUUUUCUCGAGGAUCUGGUCACCAUUUUCUUCUUCCUCCUUCGAUUUUCAGCUCAAACUAAAUCUUCCCCAAUCUAUUAUUUCGGAAAUUAGUCUCAAUCUCUAGGGUUUUCUUCAAUCCACGUGUCGAAAUGCUAGGUGGGUUGUACGGAGACCUCCCUCCACCCUCCGAUGACGACAAACCAACCACCACCACCUCCAACGUCUGGUCCACCACCGCCAAGAUGGCGCCCCCCACUCUCCGAAAACCAUCCUCAAUUUUCGCGCCUCCACAAACCAUCCUCAAAUCCCAACCCAAACCCAAAACCCUAAAUCCCCUGCCCAAACCCCAAAACUCCCCAGUAAUCCUCCCGUCCCCCGCCGAUGCCACGUCAUCCCCCCCUCAACCGGCCCUCGUUGGCGUAACAUCCACCGUCAUCGAAGAGUACGACCCUGCCCGACCCAACGAUUACGAAGAUUACAGAAGAGAACGAAAGAGAAAACAAAUGGAAGCCGAAAUGAGGAGGGAAUUGGAGAGAAGAAGGCAAGAAGAAGAAGAAAGAGAGAGGGAGAGAAAAGAGAGAGAGGAGAGGGAGCGAGAACGGGAGCGGGAGCGAGAGCAGGAUUUAUCUUCGAGGGUGAAUAUAUCGGGAGAGGAAGCAUGGAAGAGACGCGCGGCGAUGAGCGGUGGGGGAGGAGGGGUGCCGAGGUCGCCGUCCCCUCCGGGUAAUGCGGAGGGAGGUGGGUUUAGGAUUGGGAAGUCGGAGACGAGCGGGUUGGGAUUGGGGGCGGGUGGGCAAAUGACGGCGGCGCAGAGGAUGAUGGCGAGAAUGGGGUGGAAGGAGGGGCAAGGGCUUGGAAAACAGGAGCAGGGAAUCACGACGCCAUUGAUGGCGAAAAAGACUGAUAGGAGAGCAGGGGUUAUUGUGAAUGCCAGUGAGAACAAAGCGGAGAAGAAGGUUAAGAGUGUCAACCUCAAUGGGACGCCUACCCGGGUUUUAAUGCUCCGGAACAUGGUUGGUCCUGGUGAGGUAGACGACGAGCUAGAAGACGAGGUUGGAUCUGAGUGUGCAAAGUAUGGAACAGUUACCCGGGUUCUCAUAUUUGAAAUCACAGAGCCAAAUUUCCCAGUCGAUGAGGCAGUGAGAAUCUUUGUGCAAUUUGAGAGAUCAGAAGAGACAACAAAAGCAUUAAUCGACCUCGAUGGUCGGUUUUUUGGUGGUAGAGUGGUGCGUGCAUCAUUUUAUGACGAGGAGAGAUUUGGUAAAAACGAGUUGGCUCCAAUGCCAGGGGAGAUUCCGGGUUUCACCUGAAGUAACAGAAAGUUGUGAUUGCAAUGCAAGGCGAAUUUCCCUCAGGGUUUUGAUGAUAAAAUUAAUAGGACUAAGAUAUGGUCUUCAUUUAAACAGAUUGAGCAGGUUUGGCGCUGUUGUAAGUAGAGCAUUAAGACCUGGAGUAGCCUUUUCUCUUUUAGGCAGUUGGUUAGAAUUAUGCUUUGUAACGAUAACAGAAUUAUUGUGGCAUGAGGGAAUUGUUUGUUGUUACAAUUA